CUCCUCACCCCACCACCCUUGGAUCGUAAUGUAAAAUUCUUUUACCAUGUCAAGAAAUUAUUAAAAAUACAGGUACUUUGACCUCUUUCUAAAGCCGCAGACCUUGAUGAGAUGCUCUGGUGGCUAGGGACGUACCCAUAUGUGUGUGCAUCGGGAUACCCACCCCCACAUACACCACCAACCAUCCUAUUGGGCGUUUUUAUACCAAUUAUGCUUCCUCUUUUUUUCUGGAAUAAUGGAAAGAUUGAGGUUUCUGCCUACAAGAGGAAAGGUGGGUCCUUCAUUUGUAUUAAGCCUGAAUUAUGUGAAAGAGAGCUCUUCCCAAAUCUCAGCUGCCUUCUGUCCCAGCCCUCAACAAGAUCCCAGAUCCUUCCUUCCCCGGUGAUACCCAUGAACUGCCAGUAGAGGCUGCUCUAGUUCCACGUGGGAAUCACCUGGUUCAAGGCGCAAUCUACCGUGUCAUUCUCGUUACCUUAUACUAAUUCUCCCCUCAGAAUAAUGUCUUAAAUUUCUUAAGGAGAUGGCAGGGGCUCUUGGUUUUGGUUUUCAAAUGACUUGGAGGGCUGUCUAGGACUCUACCUCCCUCUGAAAUAAAAUUUCCUCAACUUCCACCUUAUCAAGUAGCCUUCUGGUUUCCAGUAAUUCCCUCGUUGUCUGCAAAAAGAGAUUUAAGGUCUUAAACACCGGAGGAACAUCUGCUCUCUUCUGUUUCAGAAAUAAUCAGUAGGUAACAGUUUUUGAAUGCCUCUCCUGUGUUGAGCUCUGCUAAGCACUUUAUAUGCACGAUCACAGUUAAUCUUCAUGAAUCUAUAAGGUAGUUUUAUGCAUUUAUAAGUGGGGACGUAGACUCAUGAUAUGUACCUCCCCUGAGGUCACAGCUUAGGGACCGGGGAAUCUGACUGCUAAGCUCAGGCCUUCACUCUUCCUUUCUCACUAACUAGGUAGAAGAGGCCUGAGACUACAGGUCAGGGGCUUGACCUUAGGCAGCUGGCUGAGCACAGUGCUUACUGCUGAACUAGGCAGUGGAUCCUGGAAAUAUUGGGGGAUAGCGCCUGCCAGGGGGGUGGGAAACGGACAGUGUUGGUGCCUGCGUUCAGCACACAGGACUUGAUUAGGCAUCCGGGAUUUGCAUUCUUCCUCAGACCCGUUUUGAGUGGAAGGUGCAGUUCAGCGGUACUUCAAAUGCCCUCUAAUCUGGUCUAAAUGAUGGAAAUCAUGCUGCCAGUAGUUCAGGGGCAGGGGAGAUGCCAUGCACAUGGAAGUAGUGCUUUGGGCCAAACCACAGAACAGAAAAUUGGAACAGAAUUAUAUAAAUCAAGGUCAGAAAUUUCCUGUUCAACCCACAGGGUGGAGUUUUCUCCAUUCCUAUCCAUCCUACUGAAUAUAAACCCUGAUUUGAUGUCAGUAACUGGAAGAAGCAGCUGGUAGGACUCUCAUUUCAACUUGCAGCAUUCACCAUGAAUGUCAAGGUAGUCCUCGUGUUCCUGGCACUGUCCCUUAUUACCAUCUUUGCACUGGCCUAUGUCUUGCUGUCCAGCCAGGGGGGUUCCAGCCAGCCUUCCAGCUGCCCCUCUGUAUCCCACAGUGCCCAGCACUGGACACAGCCUGGCCAGAGCCAGCUGUUUGCAGACCUGAGCCAAGAGGAGCUGACAGCUGUGAUGAGCUUUCUGACCCAGCAGCUGGGGCCAGGCCUGGUGGAUGCAGCCCAGGCCCUCCCAUCAGACAACUGCAUCUUCUCCGUGGAGCUGCAGCUGCCCCCCAAGUCUGCAGCCCUGGCACACCUGGACAGGGGGAGCCCCCCACCCGCCCGGGAGGCACUGGCCAUCGUCUUCUUUGGUGGACAACCCCAGCCCAAUGUGAGUGAGCUGGUGGUGGGACCACUGCCCCACCCCUCCUACAUGCGGGAUGUGACUGUGGAGCGUCAUGGCGGUCCCCUGCCCUAUCACCGACGUCCCAUGCUGGGAACUGAGUUUGCCCAGAUAUGGAAGCAUUUGAAAGAGGUGGAGCUACCCAAGGCACCAGUCUUCCUUGCUUCGGUCUUCAGCUACAAUGGCUCCACCUUGGUACCUCUGCAGGCCACUCCUAAUAGCUUGCGCUCAGGAGACCGUACUUCCUGGAUAGCCCUUCACCAUAACAUCUCAGGUGUUGGGUUUUUCCUACAUCCAGUGGGGCUGGAGCUACUGCUGGACCACAGGGCCUUGGACCCUACCCGCUGGGCUGUCCAGAAGGUCUUCUACCUUGGGCGCUACUAUGCAGACUUGAGCCAGUUGGAAUGGGAGUUUAAGGCUGGCCGGCUGGAAGUGGUUAGAGUUCCUCUGCCCCUGCCAAAUGGGGCUUCAUCCCUGAGGUCUCGGGUCCCCCCAGGUCCUCUUCCACCUCUUCAGUUCUCACCCCAGGGCUCCCAAUACAGUGUACAAGGGAACCUGGUGAUGUCCUCCCUCUGGACAUUUACUUUUGGUCAUGGGGUGUUUAGUGGCAUGAGGAUUUUUGACGUUCGAUUCCAGGGUGAGCGAGUGGCCUAUGAAGUCAGUGUCCAGGAGUGUGUGUCUAUCUAUGGUGCUGAUUCACCCAAGACAAUGAUGACCCGAUACUUGGAUAGCAGCUAUGGACUUGGCCGAAACAGCCGGGGCUUGGUGCGGGGUGUGGACUGCCCCUAUCAAUCUACAAUGGUGGACAUCCACGUAUUAGUGAACAAAGGGGCCGUCCAGCUGCUCCCAGGGGCUGUGUGUAUAUUUGAGGAGGCCCAAGGACUACCCCUUCGAAGGCACUACAAUCACCUUCAGAGUCAUUUCUACGGUGGUUUAGCCAGCUCAGCUCUUGUAGUCAGGUCUGUGUCAACUGUAGGCAACUAUGACUACAUUUGGGACUUUGUAUUUUACCCAAAUGGGGCGCUUGAAGGGCGGGUCCAUGCCACAGGCUUUGUCAACACAGCUUUCCUGAGUGGGGGAGAGGAAAGCCUCCUCUUCGGGAACCGUGUGGGGGAACGAGUGCUGGGGACGGUGCACACACAUGCCUUCCACUUCAAGCUGGACCUGGAUGUAGCAGGGCUGAAAAACUGGGUGGUAGCUGAAGACGUGGUGUUUAAACCUGUGGCAGCCCCUUGGAGUCCAGAGCACCAACUUCAGCGUCCACAGCUGACUCGACAGGUCCUGGGAAGGGAGGACCUGACAGCCUUUUCCUUGGGAAAUCCCCUUCCUCGCUACAUUUACCUGGCUGGCAACCAGACUAAUGCCUGGGGUCACCAGCGUGGGUACCGAAUCCAGAUCCACAGCCCCCUCGGCAUACACAUGCCCCUGGAGAGUGACAUGGAGAAGGCCCUCAGCUGGGGGAGAUACCAGCUCGCGGUGACCCGGAGGAAAGAGGAGGAGUCACAGAGCAGCAGCAUCUAUUACCAGAAUGACAUCUGGACACCCACUAUUGCCUUUGCUGAUUUCAUCAACAAUGAGACUCUCUUAGGAGAGGACCUGGUGGCCUGGGUUACAGCCAGCUUCCUACACAUCCCCCAUGCUGAGGAUGUCCCCAACACAGUUACUGUGGGGAACAGAGUUGGCUUCUUGCUUCGACCCUAUAACUUCUUUGAUGAGGACCCCUCCAUCUUCUCCCCUGGCAGUGUCUACUUUGAGAAGGGCCAGGAUGCUGGGCUCUGCCAAGUCAACCCUGUGGCCUGCAUCCCCCACCUGGCAGCCUGUGUUCCAGACUUGCCGCCUUUCUCUUAUCAAGACUUCUAACCCCAAGGGUGUGGUGGGACACAGAGUUAGGGUGGGUGGGUGCUAAGACAUAUGUACCUUCCUCUCUCAUAUGUACCUUCCCAAUUCCUGCUCCCCUGACUUCUACCCUCUUAAUGUUUCAGAGGAAACAGCCCCUUCCCACACUAAACCAUGUAUCCUUUUAGUUAAUUCAUAUUUCCAGUGUCUUUUUUUAAAAUGAUGAAUUUAUGCAAAUGAUAUUAUUAUUAAAAUAUUCAAGCAAGC